CUUCCUCCCCUCAAAAAUAUCCCAAAAUCAAAACCACCUUCAAACACUCAUCAAUCUCAACCCUAACAACAACUUCACAAACCCUAGAUUCAACCCUAAACCGCCAUGGAUCUCAUAAAACAAGAGCUUCUAAAGAAACGGAAAGCUCUCUCGGAGGAAACCGGCGGCCGGAAAGUCUUCAAACGCUCAGAAAUCGAACAAAAACGAAUCCAAAAGCUUCGGGAAGAAGAAAAACGAGACGCAGAAGCCAAACGCCUCCGUCAAAAUCAAAUCCAAAACGACUCAAAUCCGUCAGAUCCGAACACAUCAAACCCUAACUCAAACAUCGAUUCAACAAAAUCAAAAUCUGAAUCCGUUACUUCGUCUUCAAAAGCUCCGAUAACCGAUGAACAGAAAAUAGAUUCGUUGAAUUUACCGAAACAAGAGGUUAUUCGCCGGUUACGGUUUCUGAAACAACCGGUUACGUUGUUUGGAGAGAGUGAUGAUGACCGGUUGGACCGGUUGAAGUAUGUGUUGAAAGCUGGAUUGUUUGAGUUAGAUGAUAGUGAUAUGACUGAGGGACAGACAAAUGAUUUUUUGAGAGAUAUUGUUGAAUUGAAGAAGAGGCAGAAGUCAGGGAUAAUGAGUGAGAGGAAACGGAGAUCAAACGAGGAGAAUACGGAGGAUAAGGAUGGGGGAGGGGGUGAGGAUGAUGGUAGUGGUGAUGGCGGUUCGUCUGGAAUGGAUCAGGAUAAGGAUUUUAAGCGGAUGAAGGCGAGUUUUAACGAGCUUUGUGAUGAGGAUAAGAUUUUGGUGUUUUUUAAGAAGUUGUUGAUUGAGUGGAAUCAGGAGUUGGAUGAGAUGAGUGAUGUGGAGAAGAGGACGGCGAAGGGGAAGUCGACGUUUGCGACGUUUAAGCAGUGUGCACGGUAUUUGAAUCCGUUGUUUAAGUUUUGCAGGAAGAAGGUUCUACCUGAUGACAUUAGAAAAGCAUUAAUGCUAGUGGUGAACUGCUGCAUGAAGCGGGAUUACUUAGCUGCAAUGGAUCAUUACAUCAGAAUGGCAAUCGGGAACGCACCGUGGCCCAUUGGUGUUACUAUGGUUGGUAUUCACGAACGUUCAGCCCGUGAAAAGAUUUACACCAACAGUGUGGCCCAUGUGAUGAACGAUGAAACAACUAGAAAAUACUUGCAGUCAGUUAAACGACUGAUGACGUUUUGUCAAAGGCGUUAUCCGACAAUGCCUUCAAAGGCGGUCGAGUUUAAUAGUUUAGCGAAUGGUAGUGAUUUGCAGGCUUUAUUGGCGGAAGAAAAGAGGAAUGCAGGUGGAAGUCAACAGCAACAGCAAGAAGAUAAGCUUUUCUUGAUGCCACCCCCAAAGGAUGACUAAUCAUCAAGUUAUUUGUUGCUGAAUCUGUGUCUGGUUUUGAAACAUGUUAUGUACUACUUUUUGUUAUAUGCUUCUUUAUGAACAUCAAUCAUUCAUAAAGGUAAGCAAGUUAUGCAACUUAGCCUUUCAUUAUGCACAUGAAUGUAUUUGAUGACUUUGUAGCAAGAAGUACGAAGCGUUAAGAGAACUCGAUCCAUUGUUGUGCGUGCAA